AUGCCCAGGGAGAUCAUCACCGUUCAGGCGGGCCAAUGCGGCAACAGCAUUGGCAGUCAGUUCUGGCAGCAGCUUUGUCAAGAACACGGAAUUGGCCAGGACGGCAACCUCGAGGAUUUCGCCACCGAGGGCGGUGACCGGAAAGACGUCUUUUUCUACCAAAGCGACGACACACGGUACAUUCCUCGGGCUAUCCUCAUCGACCUGGAACCACGUGUGAUCAACGGAAUACAGACUGGUCCUUUCAAGAACAUUUACAAUCCCGAGAACUUCUAUGUCGGCAAGAAUGGGGUCGGCGCUGCCAACAACUGGGGUGAUGGGUACCAGACGGGCGAGACCGUGUGCGAGGACAUAAUGGAGAUGAUAGACCGCGAAGCCGACGGCAGUGACUCGCUAGAGGGAUUCAUGAUGCUACAUUCUAUCGCUGGUGGCACAGGGUCUGGUCUGGGGUCAUUCCUGCUCGAGCGGUUGAACGACAGGUUCCCCAAGAAGAUCAUCCAGACAUACUCCGUGUUCCCCGACACCACGAACGCCGGAGACGUUGUCGUGCAUCCCUACAACAGCAUGUUGGCAAUGAGGCGGCUGACGCAAAAUGCCGACUCGGUAGUGGUUCUCGACAACGGCGCGCUGUCUCACAUCGCCGCCGACCGGCUACACGUGCAAGAGCCGUCUUUCCAGCAGACCAACCAGCUCGUAUCAACUGUCAUGUCUGCCAGCACAACAACUCUACGAUACCCGGGCUAUAUGCACAACGACCUCGUCAGCAUAUUAGCCUCGCUGAUUCCAACACCUCGGUGCCACUUCUUGAUGACUGCAUACACACCAUUCACAGGCGACCAAGUCGAGCAAGCCAAAACGGUGCGGAAGACGACUGUGCUGGAUGUGAUGCGGAGACUGCUGCAGCCCAAGAACCGGAUGGUCUCGACCGUCCCGGGCAAGAAGAGCUGUUACAUAUCUAUCCUCAAUGUCAUCCAAGGAGAAGUGGACCCGACAGAUGUGCACAAGAGUCUUCUCAGAAUACGCGAGCGCAGGCUGGCCCAAUUCAUUCCCUGGGGCCCGGCCAGCAUACAGGUGGCCCUCACAAAGCGAAGUCCUUACAUCCCAAUGAGCCACCGUGUGAGCGGUCUCAUGCUGGCCAACCAUACAAGCAUUGCAACUCUCUUCAAGAGGAUCGUCAGGCAGUACGAUGGCAUGCGCAAGCGCAAUGCGUUCAUGGAGGGAUACAAGAAGACUGCCCCGUUCUCCGACAAUCUCAACGAAUUUGACGAGUCGCGGGAGGUUGUGGCCGACUUGAUUGCCGACUACGAAGCCGCCGAAAACGCGGAUUACCUCAAUCCGGACCUGGGCGAGAAGGCCACCUCGGCCGAGACCGACAGGCGCGUUGCCUAG